AUGGCUGAAAGAGGAAGACGCGUCAGUCGAAGCAGCGAAAGUAGUGAAGAUGAUGCUUAUUUGGAAACUCCUGCAAGUAAUGUAGUGGCUACAAAAUAUGCGAUGGCUGCAUAUAUCGUUAAUGCUGUACUGAAAGUGGGUUUUAAGACUUAUUACCGUCAAAAAUCAUUACAGGAAGUGCUCGCUGCUAUAAAGGAUGGUGUCGAAGUUGGCAAAAUUUGUGAUCUUGGCGACAAUUUAAUGAAUGAACGGAUGGGUAAAGUUUUUAAGAAAGAAAAGGAUUCUUUGAAAGGUAUUGCUAUGCCAACUUGCGUUUCGAUCAACAAUUGUGUCUGCCAUUUUUCUCCUUUACGGAGUGACACACCGGUUAUCAUCACUAAUGGGCAAAUGGUGAAAGUCGACCUCGGAGCUCACAUUGAUGGUUAUAUUGCUACUGCAGCUCAUACGAUCGUUGUUGGCGCAUCAGAGAAUAAUAAAGUGUCUGGUAAGAAGGCUAAUGUUAUGCUGGCUGCAUAUCAUGCGCUGGAAGCUGCAAUUCGAAUGCUUCGUCCCGGGUUAUAUAAAAACAUGGAAAUAACUGAUAUGAUCGAUAAAAUCGCAAAUAUUUAUCAGGUAAAACCAGUUGAAAAUAUGCUUUCUCAUGAGUUGCGAAAGAAUAAAAUCGAUGGGAAAAAGCAAAUAAUCCAAAAUCCUGGUGAAAGGCAACGUUCUGAAGUUACUAAAUGUGUUUUUCAAAAGUUUGAAGUGUUUGCAAUUGAUAUUUUGAUGAGUACUGGUGAAGGUAAAACUCGUGUCUUGGAUGCUAGGACGACAGUUUAUAAAAAGGUUGAGGAUCUCGCUUAUUCGCUUAAAGUGAAGGCAUCAAGAAUGUUCUUAACGGCAGCAGUUAACAAAUAUGGUUUGAUGCCAUUUACAUUGCGAUCAUUUGAAGAUGAAAAAUUGGCCAAACUGGGUGUUUUGGAGUGUGAACGGCAUAAUUUAAUGCGCCCAUAUCAGGUUCUUUAUGAACGGGAAGGUGAGUUUGUAGCGCAGUUCAAAUCUACUGUUUUAAUCAUGCCUAAUGGGUUAGUGAAGAUCACUGGUUUUCCUCUUGAACUCAAUCUCUUAGAAAGCGAGAUCAAAAUCGAAGAUCAAGUGAUUUUAUCUUUGCUGAAUAGCUCUUUGAAGCAUAGAAAAUCUAAGAAGAAAUCGAAAGUGGAUAAAAAAAAUGAAAGCAAUGCUCCGACAAAAGUUGAUGCCCUCAAACAUAAAGCCAAUGAAGGUGGUCAAGCUAAAAGUGAAGGAGGCAAGCAAGAAAUACCACAUGCACUUAGUGAUAAAGAAAAAAAUAUCGAAGAAACAUAA